AUGGAAAUGAAAAAGUCUCACACUAAGCUACUGGAGCAAGUCAAUGAGAAAGCAUUUGAACUUGAGGUGAAGACAGCAGAUAACAGAGUAUUGCAAGACCAGCUACAGCAAAAGUCAGAUAUUGAUGAACUGAAGCAAAGAUUGUGUGAGCUCACUGAGGCCAAAGCUCAACUAGAGGCCCACAAUCAGAAGCUGCAAGAGGAAAGCAUGUACGCAAAAGGCCUAGCCUCGGCUGUAGGCGUGGAACUGAAAGCACUAUCUGGGGAGGUCACCAAACUCAUGGACCACAACGAGAGGCUCGCGAACGAGUUGGCUUUAGCAAGAAAUUCAACACAACGAUAG